AUGAAGGAGGUAUGCACUAGAGGAAAAACCUUUUCUGCCACUGUCAAGUUUGGAGAACACACUCACAGUCUAACGGAUAUUUACAAAGGAACUUUGUAUCCAAAUUGGAAUAGUACUGAAGGAAGCUCUAAAUGUGAAAACCGAAAUGCUUUACAAUCUAAAAAAAAAUAUAUUAAUCCUUUUAUCCUCAACCUCAAUGUUGGAGGAAAAAUUUUCCAGAUUGAUUGCUUGGCAGCAGCAAAAUACCCAGUGACUAGAAUUGGAAGAAUUGCCACUUGUGCUGAUCCAGUAAAAAGAUUAGAUCUUUGCGAUGACUAUUCAGUACAGAGGAAUGAAUAUUUCUUUGACCGGGAUCCUACAGUUUUCUGCUACAUAUUUCAUUUCUAUCGCAGUGGAAUAUUAUGGAUAGUGGAUGAGCUGUGCCCUCUUAACUUUGUUGAGGAAAUAGAAUACUGGGGCAUUCAUAUAAACUAUACACUUAACUGUUGUCGCAGUAUUUUUCAAGAACAUCAGGAUGAACUGAAAGAGAAUAUUAAGAUACAGAAAGAUCUCCAAGCAGAACUUGAACGUCAUGAUCAUGAAAAGCAUUUUGAAGGCAAGUGGCUUGGACAUUUGAGAAAGAAAAUAUGGAACUUAGUGGAAAAUCCAUAUUCUUCUAUUCCAGCUAAAAUUAUAGCCAUAUUAUCCAGCUUUUUUGUUUUGAUUUCAGUUGUUACUAUGUGUCUCAGUACAGUGGAGGAACUUAAACAUUUGAACUUCUAUGGCGUAUCCUGUAUGGAACAUGUGGAAAUUGCCUGUGUAAUUUUCUUCACCACCGAAUAUAUCAUGAGGCUAUUAUCAACUUCAGAUAUUAAAAGAUUCCUAAAAACUGUGUUAAACAUUGUAGAUCUUAUUGCUAUAUUACCAUUUUAUAUUCAGAUUAUAUUUGAAAGGUUCUCAGAAGAAGCAUAUGUUCAUCUACACCCUGAUGAUAUAGAGAGAAUGGAAAGAGUCGGACAACUUGGAAAAGUGCUGAAAAUAAUUCGGCUUAUGCGGAUAUUUCGGAUCUUAAAACUUGCCCGUCAUUCCAUUGGGCUGAGAGCAUUUGGCUUCACUAUUCGUCAAUGCUACCAACAAGUUUGUUGUUUGUUCUUGUUCAUUGCUAUGGGUGUGUUUACAUUCUCUGCUCUAAUGCAUUCUGUCGAACAUGAUAUACCUGGCACAAAUUUCACCAGUAUUCCAGAUGCCUGGUGGUGGGCAGCAGUGAGCAUUUCCACUGUGGGAUAUGGUGAUACAAUUCCGGAUACUAUUUUGGGGCGAAUUGUAGCCUUUUUGUGUAUAUCUUUUGGGAUUAUUCUAAAUGGCAUGCCAAUAUCCAUACUUUACAACAGAUUUUCUGACUUUUAUGCAAAACUAAAAGCGCAUGAAAGUACCAAUGGUGUGAAAAUUGGUACUGAAAUUAGAUUUAAGGAGAGAGUCAUGGAAAAGAUAAAAACAUGUUGUGCUACAAGAUAA